AGCUGACAAGCAUUCAUAACUAAAGAUUUACCUGCUUUCAACUACUAAAACACAUCGUUAAGUCGCAAGAAGGAUAAAAAAGACCAGAACAAGUUUCUUUUUUGCGGAAAACAGCUCCAUCUCACCGGAAGUGACUGCCAAAAUCGUACCCGUAAAUCAUUAGCAUGAAUUCGUUCCGGAACGUCGAAUUACGCAAGGCAACCAGGACCAUAAGCUAUCGUCGUGGGGACAUCAGCAACAACAACCGUAUCGUUUGAGUGUGGCCCCCGGAACCGGAAAUUCUUAUUUGCGCCACCUUUCCAGAGAAGAAAAAAAAACUUCAACUGAAAAGUUUGAUUUAUUUGUUUGUGUCCUGAAGUGAUAUUUUUUGUGUAAAUAGUAUUCCCCAGAAAAAAAAACCGAGGCGCGAAAAAAGUUAUGUUCAAUUUUGAUUGUGCUGUUCUUUCAGUUCCAAUACUUGUAAAUAAUUUUUUCGAAAGAUGCUCGUUGAACUUGUUCCCGGAAAGUGAAUAAAAUCGAAGAUAAUUUGUUUCCGACAAAAGCAAAAAUAAGGAGAAGCAAACAAAAAUCAACAAAAAGUUGCGGAAAAUUUUCGUGAAUCGUGCCUGUUGACGAGGAAAAGUUGCUGAGAAAAUUUAACAAGCCAAGUUCGAAAGGUAAAAAAAGUGAACCAAUAGUGGGGGAGCGCGUCAAAUCGAAAGGAAGUGAUACAGAAAGUGUUCGAUUAUUGUGCCAAGAGUACGGAAAAAGAGAAGAUAACAAAGUGGUACAAAUUGAACCCGGCUUGUAUUGAGUUCCAGAUAGAUAAGAAGAGCACUGCUGACAUUCUUUUCGACGAAUUGCGGCAAUUGAAUCAUCAAAAUGGAGACGGAGGAAAUCAUCAAACUCGUGGAUGGAAUCUACAAGAACAUCCUGGAAAAAUUCAACCCUGGCGCACGACAAUUGAUUAGCGCGGGAAAAGCAUACCUUAAGGCGCUCCAUGGAGCAUCCGCAGCCUCAAAUCUGUUCAAUGAAGCCCUGGCCAAGAUCGCUGUCAACGCUCAGCAGGGAGGAACCAUCGACAUCGGUUCCGCCCUAAUGAACAUCGUUGGAGUCUACAAAGAGAUCCAGGACCAGCACAUGAACAUCUUAAAAGCAUUCUACGUAGACUUGCUGGUGCCACUGGAAACGAACCUCGAAAAGGACACCAAGGUGGUUCAGUUCGAACAGAAGAAGUUUCUGCAGCAACACAAACUUCGCUCGGACAGCUUCAGCAAGGCAAAGGCCACGAUGAAAAAAUAUCGGAAGAAAAAUUCCAAGAGUUCAGCUAAGGAUGCCGAGAAGGAAAUCAAAAGCAUCCAGAACCUGGAGGAAGAGAAACACAAGCUGGACUCGUUUUGCGAACAGAGCCUGAAGAAUGCCAUGACCCAGGAACGUCGCCGAUACGGAUUCGUGCUGGAACGACAGUGCUCGCUGGCUAAACACUGGAUGGCGUAUCAUCACUCCGGGCACAUGAUCAUUGAAAAGUCACUGGAAAACUGGAACGACGUUGCCGCUACGAGAGAAUUUCUGCCACCGAAUGUUGAGAACAUGUUUUCGGCCAAGCAUCAGAUGAGGGAUUUCGACGACGAUGACGAUGAUGCACAAUCGAUCGCAUCACAGCUGAGAAAGACUCGUUCGAUUGACGCUUCCUGUUUGGAUAUGCGAUCUUUGGGAGAUGUUAUGAACAGUAGCAUGAUGCAGAUGCCUCGGGCUAAGUCGGAGUUCAACUUGAACAACAGCAGCAACGGAAGUACGCUGGUUGGGAGUAAUGGAGGUGGCAUUAGUUCUACGCUGAAGAGUACCGAUACGGUUCAGUGGGAUCGACCCACGGUUAAGGCUUUGUAUGCGUACUUGUCUUCGGGUGAGAAUCAGCUGAGCUUUUUGGAGGGCGAUCGAAUCGCUCUUGUUGGCGACCGUGCCAAAGGAUGGCAGUUUGGGGAGAAUUUGCGGACGCAGAAGUUCGGCUGGUUCCCGAUUGCUUACACCGAAACCGAACGCGAUGAUAAAGAAAGUAUCAGCGAAUGGGUAAAGGCGCCACCGAGUGAGAUCGAGGUCGAGAACACACCGGACUCUUCACUGGAGAGCACCCUGGUCGAUGACACCAUGUCCAAGAGUAUGACCAACUCGGCCUACCACGGGGAGGAUGCUUCACCGACUCGGAUGUUUGGAGACACCAUCCAGUACCGGCAGUCGAAACAAUUCCGGCGUCUCUCGCGUGGCGAUCAGCCACCAAAACCGGGACCACCACCCCAACUUCCGGCUCCCGUACCAACACCGGUAGUGCCUAACUAUAACAAACCGCAAGGAAUCCCACAGUCCAACAGCUUCUCGUCUUCCGGGGGUCCACCGAUGGUACCGCAGGACAAACGCAAAACUCCUUCGGCAACGAUGAACUUCAACAAGCCGCAAUCGGCCAACAAGCCGACCGCCAAGACGAACCGGAACGGAAUUGCCAGUGCCUCGCUGCAUAGCAGCAACGAUAGUGGAUUCUCCAACGAUCCACAGCAGCAACAGCCGGAACCCGUCGAUAUGUAUUCCGAUGAGGAGAUGGUCAAUCGGGUGCCGAUCAGAACCGCCCGAUCGGAGAAGAAUCUCUCGUCGCCCCGAACGCUGGAGCGGGAAAUGCACGAGCGCCACCGUUCGCCCCAUCAUUCAUCCAGCCCCCGAUACAACAGCGGCGGUGCCACACCGGAGGACGACGAGGACAUCUAUGGGACCAUUGUGCCACCCCGUCGCCAACAUCAGGCCAACAUGCGUCAAGCCAACAGCUACGGAAACAUCACCGAAAGCCGCGGAGGAACCCUGGAACACGGGUAUCGCUCCCGAACCCGGAUGUCCGACGGCCCUUCCGACGGGGGUCCGAACCAGAGCGACUCGCAGAAGAUCAAGCGAACCAAGUCCUUUUGGAAAUUUUCUAAAUCGCAGGAUCAUAUCAUGGAGGGAAUGGCAAUGUGGAAGCAUAAUGAUAUAAUCCCAACGGGGCGGGAAAAACGGGAGAUGGAGAAGAAGGAGGCAACGUUGAAGAGAAACAUGCGCAAGAAGGAACAGAUCGAGAAGCAGCGCCAGAAGGAGAUGAUUGCUGCGAAGGAAGCCGAGGAGGCAAGGAAGAAAGAGGAAAUGAGGAACAUGGAAACUAGUACUUUGAUGAGGAACAAGGAAAAGGAAAGGGAACGUGAAAGAGAGCGCGAACGAGAAAGAGAACUGGAGAGGGAGCGAGAAUUCGAGAGGGAGCUGGAAAUGCGGGCCAGAGAACAACAGCGUCACAGCAUUGCGAUGAUGCCGAACCAGGAAAAGUUCCCGAUAACGAAGAGUGACAUCGACAGAAGGAUUUCCAAGCUCGAUGAGAUGAAUCAACAACAGCAACAGCAUCAACAGCAGCAGCAACAAUCACAACAACAGAGCUCCAAGAAGAACAAUCAAGGAAGGCAGGAACGUGAACGACAAGAGCGAGGAGACAGGGAACGCCAAGACAGGAACGAUAGAGAUCGGCAAGAAAGGAAUGAGAGAGAACGUCAAGAUCGGAACGAAAGGGAACGUCAAGAGCGGUCGGAGCGAUCGGAUCGUAAACCUUCGAAACAGAACAAGAAUGAUACAAACAAUAACAACAACCGCAACGGAUACAACGAUCGAUUGGAACAGGAAGAGCAAAUCUACGGGGAAUCAAUGCAGCCGAAGGGAAAAGACAAGUAUCGAACGAAGGAGCGCGAGAACAACAGCAAGAAUCGAAAUAAUGAUGCGCUGAAUCGGUACUAUCAGGAUCAGCACUUUGAUGACUUUGCAAUCAUUCCAAGCGACUCGGUGAUGAUUCAGGACACCAGUUUCUAUGACGACGACGGCAUGGAUGACAUGAUGUUGAUGAAGACAGUUCGCAGGAAGGAGAUAUUGAAGCAGUAUUACUCGAGUGGAACGGAUACCGAGAGAAAUUCGUCCAGUUCGGAUCCUUACGAUUGCAUUGUGGUUGAUGACCAUUUGGUAUCAGCUGCCGAUAUGAUGAUGCGAAAGAAUCGAGGCGAAAAAGUUCGUGACAACCGCAAAUCCAACGGAGAAAUGAACGGGCAACGAGAACGAAGGAAGGAUCAACCGGAGGAGAGUAAGAUGCAGUUUUCGACGUUCCGUGGAGGUCCAGUUGAUGAGGAUGAAGCCGUUAUGAUGAUAGAAGAUGACAUGAUGGAUGAGAUGCCUCGAGAACGUCGGACGAAACUUUCCAAGACCCAAAGUGCCAGCCAGCUGAUGGAAAUGAAACACUAUGAAUCGGAACAGGAAUCACGAAUCAGUGCUAAAGUUGUCAACAACAACGGCAAACGCAAAUCGACGAAAUCCAUUGCCUCCGAUGGUAAAACUUAUGGUCCCUGGUACGAUCUUUGGGGAGCAGAACCCGCGAUGCAAAGUCAGAAGUGAUUUUAAGGAAAAGUUUAAAGAUUGGCCACACUGCCUGUAAGCUCGAAUAAUUUAUUUUAAGCAAUUUUGCGAACAAAUUUCGGCAUUGUCAUUCUGUAGACUUCGAAUAGCUUCUUCAAAAGAACGUUCCCAUUUUCGAAUGCCAUGAAUUUUAAGUAAACGACAAAAAAAAUCUCUAGAUUAAGUCAAUCAGCCGGAGGAAAACUCAACCAACCAUAGAUAGAACACAAAUCGCACCAGAUGAAGAGCAACUAUCACCUCAUUCCAAUAGAUUUUAUUUUACAAUUUCAUAUCCAAUACGCCAUCAAACCACCUUAAAAAACAAACGAAGAAAACCACCCGGAAAAGAGGUUAGUCAAUCUUUAUCGCAGGCGUAAAGAUUGGUGUUAAUCAACAACAACAAAAAAACUAAGCCAACCAAUCUUCAACUAAUCAUUUUUCCGCAGGAACCUUCUUUUUCAGGACUCAAUAGAAUCGGAACAAAACCGAUCAUAACAAACAAGAAAAAAAAAUACAAUUCAACGGAUCAGCUGGCUGAAAGAAAGUAGUAGUUCUUGAAUUUGCGCAAGGAAAAAGUGAAGCCUCAAAUUGGUUGAAAUAGCUCAAUUUUUACACCAUUUAUUUUGUAAACUUAAGUCUAGCUACCUGUAGAGUUUCAACCUAGUUUUAAAGCAAUCGUUUAUUUCUUCGUGUCUUUGGACCAAGAGAAUGUUUAACCUUUUUGUUAGAUUUUUUUCGAUGUUAGAAUUAAUGUUACUUUGCAGAGAUAAGUUUAACCACUUCAUCGAUUCGAAAUCGAAAAGCGAAAAUUUGGUGCUCAGUUUUAUUUGAAGAAAAACAUAAUAUGAACAGUAAUCGUUCAAGUUAGAUUAAACUUAAAAUUUAUCACUUCUAAUCAUUUGGUUGAGGUUUAACCUUCUUUUACUAUCAAAAUCGAAAUUUCAUUCACUUUUUACUCCACACGUUAUCUUCCACUUUCUACUUAUCUUUCAAAUAUAUAGUUCUAAAGUGUAAAGCUUCGGAAAUGAAAAACCCUUCAAAGUUAGUCAGUAUUUUAAGAAAAAAUCUUUAAGUGUAGGAAUCCAAUGUCCUCCAAGAAUCGAAACCGUACUUUUGACAGAUGUUUUAUGUACCGAAACAUAAUCUAGUUCUAGCAAAUAAUCGUAAUUUAAGAGAAAAAUUCAGAAUAUAUUUGUAUUCAUUGUAAGUCAUAUGGAAGUAUGUAAUUUUUAAUGUGCCAAUUUUUAGAGCAACGACUCGAUUCAGAGCGAUGAAAAGCGCCUAUGGGUAUGCAACGUCAUCGAAUAUGUUCAGUCGAAUACGCGUAAAGCAGAAAAGAAACGAAUCAACCAACUCAGUAAAGCGGGAAAGAUUUCAAUUUUAUAGCUACGGAAAAUCGAUCGUUGAUCAUGGAAUGUUUUUUUUGUCUAGAAUAUUUUGAUUGAGAAAAUAAUAAGUUGUCCAAUUUGUAUUUUGUUUCGUUUUAUUUCUGCUGAACAGAAAGUGUUUCAAAUGCAGUUUACCAUUAAAAUUUUCUUUUAGUGUUAGUAUUAUUAUUUUCCUGUCAUGAUUUUUUGUU